AAAAAGUCGUUGAAAUGUCCACUGCCCACUGCAUGUCCCCAAUAAAACCACAGUCAGAGUCGGCCUUUCCACAGUCUUGAGUUUAUUUGAUAUCUAGCCUUGCAGCUCUCAGAAACCACCACAUGGCGCAUGUUCCCUACAUUCUCAUUUCGCCAAGCCUAACAGGCAGCGACUUUGCCAAAGGGCUUGAACAAUUACCAAAGAACCUAUACGUACGAACCAUGUGUGAGACGCUUCCAGUGGAUUUUAUCAUAUCGCAAGGGUUUGCGGGGUGUUGGAUCGGAUCUUUUGAUGAAGAUUGGGAUACAGUUAUCAAAGAUGUUUGUUGUCGGUUGAAAAAGCACAGUCGAUCCGUGUUGAUUAUCAACAAGCCUUCAACACCAGUAUGGACACAGAUACAAUGGAAGGUUGCUGUUGAGUGCGGUAUCAAUGUGUUACCGGUUGGCAGUGCUGUUGAGGGAGCGAGGUUUUUGGCUCGACUCGCACAUCAAGAACAUCGCCCGCCAAAACCGUCUUCUCUAACGAGUAUCAAAAAUAAAACAAAGGAUCCCACGUAUGCUCAGACGUUGUUGCAGACAGUCAAGACGUGUCCCGGGGUAGGAGAUGUUAAGGCUGGAGAGCUGUUAAAGAGGUUUGAAACGGUAGAGCGAUUGGUGAAUGCAAGGGAGGAGGAGCUUGUAGAGGUUAUUGGACGAGCUGGGGCAAAGCGGUUGCUAGUGUUUUUUGGAGCUGGAUUUGCAUCAUGAACACCGUGGUAUUCAUAUGAGAUGGGCUAUACAAUGUCCAAUCCAAAAACAGCGGUAUAGUCGAACAAUAUCGAAUAAGA